AUGAGAAAAGAAUUAAUGAUGUUAGGAGACAAAGUAGGCUUUCAUAUUUGCAAGCGGAUAUCCAGUCAACCUGAAGUUAUUGAAGACAUCCCAGAAAAUGAUCGACUUCCAACAACGAAGAUUUUGGGAGUCCUCUGGUCAACAAAAGAUGUAAUGUUUUUCUUUGUUUAUUCCUCACCAUCAAGUCCGUUGAAAUUACAAAGAGGAACGUCCUGA